AUGAAGAAAGGACGAGGGUGGCCAAAAACCACGGUGCCACCGUCAUCACCACCGGAAUCGCUAUCCAGCUUGAAAACCCCUCAGAGUGAUUCUAGAACUACAACACCACCGAACCCUAGCUCGAAGACGCCUGAGACUGGAGCAAAAAUAGAUAAAGAGAUGGAAGCCACACUCGGGAAUGCAAUCAAAGAAACCCCAGCAGAAGUGACAAAAACAUAA